AUCACACAUCGCAACCACUGCUACACCUCGUUGAUAACCCUAGCCAACCAACUAAGCCGUUGUCAAAAGAAACGGGUUGAGGUUUGAGGGUUGAGGCAGUGGGGAUCUUUCCUGCCGAACCAGUACCCAAUUUUUGAGCGAGAUCCAACUACUACUACCUCAAACCAUGUGCAGAGUAGACGAACGCGUUUACGUUCGCCCGGACGGCCGGGAGAGUGUGUUCGAAGAGACGACGAGAUGUCAUCUGGCUCCUCCCAAGAGGCUUUGCUCCAACGUGAGGCGGUCCACCAAGAGAUAUAUCACGCCUCCUCCCAUCUCUCGCGAUAACUCCAACUCGCCAGCGUCGAACAACCCACCUACACCUCCUGGCAGCUACCUGGUCCAGGAACGCCGGCCAUCCGAGCGUCGUCAGUCUGCUUCUCAUGACAAACGACGCGAAAUAGUCAUCAGCAUUGGUGGAUCUCGAAACAAAGACAAGAAGUACUCUACCAAGCACAAGCGAACUUCCCUCGCAUCGGUCGCAUCGAACGAUAUUGCUAUCGAGUCUCCGUCUUCAGAGGCGUCCUACACGCUUCGAACAGGCUUACCGGAUACUCAAAUUUCUCCCAAUGACCACCCAAGCUAUUCCACCCGUGAAGCCGUUCCACUUGGCCACCGACCUACGCUGUCGGGCUCGUCCUUCACCUCCAGCCAAACACCUUCGUUGGUAGCUACUUCGGAUCCGGAUUCCCCUACCACAAGGCAUCGUCCUCGCUACCCCCCAACCUAUGUGCACAAUCCGCCCACCACAUCUGGAAUGCCUCCUCCUCCUCCUCCUCCUCCUCCUCCUCCACCGCCACCACAUGGAUCAUCACGUGCUCAUGAUGCAGCGACUGCUCCAUCUUUGCCGUAUCGUACAACUACUGUCAUGCCCAGUAACUCUUCGUCGGGAGAGAGCUUUAAAACAAGCAAGUCGGCAAUUGACCCGUUCAUGUACCAGGAUCUUCCCCCUCCUCCGCCACCAAGGCCGGCUGUGGACGAGGUGGCCCCAGAAAUCCUAGGUCGCGGGUCCUUCCGCGAACGAGCGCGCCAGGCACAGGCUGAUGCUGAAAGGAAGAAGCGCCAAGAGGAAGAAGACCUUGAGCUAGCCAAAAAGGCCCAGAGAGAAGAGCAGCGAAAGGCCGAAGAGUUCAAGCAGGUUCGGUUCGAUUUAGACCGUCCAAAAGCAAGAGAAUACGAAAGGGCACAGAACAGGAUUGCCCAGAGUGAAAAGGACCGUGCCGAGAUCCGCGAAGAACAAAGACGGCGCAAAGAAAAAGAAGCUGCAGAGGAACGUGAAAGGCGGAGAGAGAAGGAAGCAAGAGAAGAACGUGAGAGGCGGAGAGAGAAGGAAGCGAGAGAAGAGCGCGAGAGGCGUGAAAAGGAAGCGCGCCGCGAAGAAGCCAAACGUGACGGGGCUAGACACCGCAAAACGGAAAGACAAGGUGAUAAAACCCGCGAACGACGAAGCUCCCGGCCGCCUCCUCUCAGUGGAUCGAAUGAACCCCGGCAGGUUCGUCGCCCUUCCAUAUCCCACGAGCAACGAGCCGUUCGGGACAUACUCCUGGCCAGUGAAAAAAGGACCAUUGAACAGGAGCGGGACGAAGCAGAUCGCAUCGAGCAGGACGAGAGAGCUGCCGCACUCAUCCAGCAGCAACAGACUACCAGCUACUACAAUGCACGCGCUGCUCCUCCUGCUCCUGUCGUGAUCAACAAUGAGGGUCCGGGUAUGAAUCGACGCAAUUCUGUUACCGGAAGACGGCCUAGCCUAUCAGGUGGACAGCGUCCAACCGGUCUGGCUCGAACCAACAGCCAGCGUCCAUCAUCUGUAGUCAUUCAACCUGCACCGCCAGCUGGCCUGCCGCCCAUCAACACCAACCUGCCGGUACAGUCUUCCCAGUAUUCCGGUGUUCCUGCCAGCGCAACGCGUGCGAACCCGCCUACUCUAAUACAGCCAAGCAAAAGCAACUCGGGUUACAUCCGCCCUGGCUCUUCCUCUGCUCGCACAUCAAUGCACACAUACGAAAAUCCAUUCGCGCUGCCACCAGGUCGAAUCUCCAACACGAGUCAGGACACUCAUGACAGCGGAUUCAGUUCAUUCGCUUCCGCUCCCCGGGUUCCUGAUCCUUGGGCAAACAACGAUUCGACUGAGAUUGUUCCUACCACAAGCCACGCUCGCCAACCAUCUGACGAUCGCCACACUCUGCGUCGCCGAGGAGAAGAAUUCCUCGACCGGGCAGCUCUCGGAGGACGAACGCAACAUGCGCGAGCGCAACGGGCCUCGCAAAACUUGGGGAAGGCUGUCGGGUUCGAGGACGACUAUGAGGACACCAGCGACGAGGAAGCUAACUAUGGACCUCGCUUGGGGGCGAACAAGGGUCAUGGUCCGAGGAAGUCUUGAUUGGUUAGCCUUUGACGCUCACCAGUAUUCCUUCCUUCCCUUUCUUCUGACUUUCUUUCUUCAUCUUACAUAGACUCGUUCUUGGCGUAGUCCUUCAUCGCUCAUCUUGUCAAAGGCAUAAAAAAAAGGCUCUGGAUCUUGGAUAGAUUUCCUUACUGUCUGCCAUUUCGUUUAUUUUCCUAAUCAUCUUCGUUCUUAAUUUCUGUUGAGAUAGACUCUUUCUUACUUUUUCUCCGA